GCUCGCGCCGCCGAGGCUGGGCCGAGAGCGGGGGACCAUGUCCGGCCCCCACAGCCCCGAGGCGGUGAAGAAGCUGCUGGAGAACAUGCAGAGCGACCUGCGGGCCCUGUCCCUGGAGUGCAGGAAGAAGUUCCCGCCCGUCAAGGAGGCUGCUGAAUCAGGAAUAAUAAAAGUAAAAACAAUAGCUGCGCGAAACACUGAAAUUUUAGCAGCAUUGAAAGAGAACAGCUCAGAGGUUGUUCAACCUUUUCUAAUGGGUUGUGGAACCAAGGAACCGAAGAUCACUCAGCUGUGUUUGGCCGCCAUUCAGAGACUCAUGUCACAUGAAGUCGUGUCUGAGACCGCAGCUGGAAAUAUAAUUAACAUGCUUUGGCAGCUAAUGGAAAAUAGCCUUGAAGAACUUAAGCUGCUUCAGACAGUUCUUGUUCUUUUAACAACCAACACAGUAGUUCAUGAUGAGGCGCUCUCUAAGGCAAUUGUACUUUGUUUUCGACUGCAUUUCACAAAAGAUAAUAUUACAAAUAACACAGCUGCCGCUACAGUCCGGCAAGUUGUCACUGUUGUCUUUGAGAGAAUGGUUGCUGAAGAUGAGAGACACAAAGAUAUUAUAGAACAGCCGGUGCUGGUGCAAGGAAAUAGUAACCGAAGAUCUGUCAGCACCCUCAAGCCUUGUGCUAAAGAUGCAUAUAUGCUUUUUCAGGACCUUUGUCAGUUGGUUAACGCUGAUGCCCCUUACUGGCUAGUAGGCAUGACAGAAAUGACUCGAACAUUUGGCCUUGAAUUACUUGAGUCCGUCCUGAAUGAUUUCCCACAAGUCUUUUUACAACAUCAGGAAUUUAGUUUCCUCCUCAAAGAAAGGGUAUGUCCUCUUGUGAUAAAGCUUUUUUCUCCAAAUAUAAAGUUCAGACAAGGUUCUGCCACUUCAUCUUCGCCAGCACCAGUUGAAAAACCAUAUUUUCCUAUAUGCAUGCGUUUGCUGAGAGUAGUAUCUGUUCUGAUCAAGCAAUUCUAUAGUCUUCUGGUAACUGAAUGUGAGAUAUUUCUGUCGCUUCUGGUAAAAUUUCUGGAUGCAGAUAAACCACAGUGGCUGCGAGCUGUUGCAGUGGAAUCAAUACACAGACUCUGUGUGCAGCCUCAGCUAUUAAGGUCGUUUUGUCAGUCCUAUGACAUGAAGCAGCACUCUACCAAGGUUUUCCGUGACAUUGUCAAUGCACUGGGCUCUUUUAUCCAGUCCUUGUUUCUCGUUCCUCCUACUGGAAAUCCUGUCUCAGCAAACCAAGCUGGAAACAAUAACUCAGGUGGCCCCGUCUCAGCACCAGCUAACUCAGGAAUGCUGGGUAUUGGUGGAGGUGUUACUUUGCUACCAGCCUUUGAAUAUAGAGGAACUUGGAUACCUAUUCUAACUAUAACAGUACAAGGCAGUGCUAAAGCCACUUAUCUAGAGAUGUUGGACAAAGUUGAGCCCCCGACUAUACCAGAAGGUUAUGCCAUGUCUGUGGCAUUUCAUUGUCUGCUGGAUCUUGUCCGUGGAAUCACUAGUAUGAUUGACGGAGAGUUGGGAGAGACUGAAGCAGAGUGCCAGGGUGUCACUGAAGCGGCUUCCUCACCCACACAGUCGUCAGAACAACAAGAAUUACAGUCAGCCUCAGACCAAAUGGAUAAGGAAAUUGGCAGCAGAGCUGUGUGGGAGGAGAUGGUGAACGCCUGUUGGUGUGGUCUGCUCGCUGCACUCUCGCUCCUCCUCGAUGCCAGCACAGAUGAAGCUGCCACUGAGAACAUUUUAAAAGCUGAACUGACUAUGGCUGCUCUUUGUGGAAGACUAGGCCUUGUAACUUCAAGAGAUGCCUUUAUCACUGCAAUAUGCAAAGGUUCCCUGCCUCCCCACUAUGCGCUCACCGUGCUGAACACCACCACUGCUGCCACACUGUCCAACAAGGCAUAUUCCAUUCAGGGUCAGAGUGUUAUGAUGAUAAGUCCAUCAAGUGAAUCUCACCAGCAAGUUGUAGCAGUUGGUCAACCUCUGGCAGUCCAGCCUCAAGGGACAGUCAUGUUAACUUCCAAAAAUAUCCAGUGUAUGAGGACUUUACUAAACCUGGCUCACUGCCAUGGGGCUGUUCUUGGAACAUCAUGGCAGCUUGUCUUGGCAACCCUGCAGCAUCUUGUGUGGAUUCUAGGAUUAAAGCCAAGCAGUGGUGGAGCCUUGAAACCUGGGAGAGCGGUGGAAGGACCCAGCACAGUUCUCACCACGGCAGUGAUGACAGAUUUACCAGUGAUUUCCAAUAUACUUUCAAGAUUAUUUGAAAGCUCACAAUAUCUUGAUGAUGUAUCAUUGCAUCAUUUAAUAAACGCGCUUUGCUCCUUAUCCCUCGAAGCAAUGGAUAUGGCCUAUGGAAAUAAUAAGGAACCAUCUCUUUUUGCUGUUGCCAAAUUGUUAGAAACCGGUCUAGUUAACAUGCAUCGAAUAGAGAUUUUAUGGAGACCUCUAACUGGUCAUCUGCUUGAGGUGUGCCAGCACCCAAACUCUCGAAUGAGAGAAUGGGGAGCAGAAGCUUUAACCUCACUUAUUAAAGCAGGAUUAACAUUUAACCAUGAUCCUCCACUUUCACAGAACCAGAGGCUGCAGUUGCUUUUAUUGAACCCAUUAAAGGAGAUGUCCAGUAUUAACCAUCCAGAUAUCCGACUCAAGCAAUUAGAGUGUGUGCUGCAGAUUCUGCAGAGUCAGGGAGACAGUCUUGGGCCUGGGUGGCCGUUAGUGCUUGGAGUCAUGGGAGCAAUCAGAAAUGAUCAAGGAGAAUCUUUGAUAAGAACUGCAUUCCAGUGUCUUCAGUUGGUUGUUACAGAUUUUCUGCCAACUAUGCCUUGCAUGUGCCUCCAGAUAGUUGUCGACGUUGCGGGUAGCUUUGGACUUCACAACCAGGAGCUUAAUAUUAGUUUAACUUCCAUAGGCUUAUUGUGGAAUAUUUCAGAUUAUUUUUUCCAAAGAGGGGAAACUAUUGAAAAAGAAUUAAAUAAGGAAGAGGCAGCACAGCAGAAGCAGGCAGAAGAAAAAGGAGUGGCUUUAAACCGGCCGUUCCACCCCGCGCCGCCGUUUGACUGCUUGUGGCUCUGUCUCUAUGCAAAGCUGGGCGAGCUGUGCGUGGAUCCUCGCCCCGCUGUGCGGAAGAGCGCUGGGCAGACCCUGUUCUCCACGGUGGGCGCCCAUGGCACCCUGCUGCAGCACUCGACGUGGCACACUGUCAUCUGGAAGGUUCUCUUUCAUCUGCUGGACCGAGUUCGAGAGUCUUCUACUACUGCAGACAAAGAAAAGAUUGAGUCUGGAGGUGGCAAUAUCCUCAUUCAUCAUUCACGGGACACAGCAGAGAAACAGUGGGCUGAGACGUGGGUUUUAACCUUGGCUGGAGUAGCAAGAAUCUUCAACACUAGAAGAUAUUUAUUGCAACCUUUAGGAGGCUUUUCCCAAGCAUGGGACGUCCUUCUCGAUCACACGCAGUCAGCGGCGCUCAGCAAGAACAAUGAGGUUUCUCUGGCUGCGCUGAAAAGUUUCCAAGAAAUCUUACAGAUUGUGUCUCCUGUCAGAGACUCAGACAAGCCUGAGACUCCGCCUGCAGUCAAUGUGCCUGCGCCUGUCCUCAUCGGGCCCAUGGCAGGGCCUGGCCUGAGCAGGCCUUUCGUAAGGACAGACUCCGUUGGAGAGAGACUCGGGAGGUGUAACAGCUCCGAGCCCCCUGUCGUUGCUGAUGAGCUGGAGGAUCAGAACCUCUGGUGGGCUGCCUGGGACACGUGGUACCGGAUCGGGUCUGAGAGCACCAAGCCUCCUGUCACUUUUGAUAAACUAACUUUCAUUCCCAGCCAGCCUUUUCUUACAGCUUUGAUUCAGAUAUUUCCAGCUCUUUAUCAACACAUAAAAACUGGUUUCAGCAUGGACGACUUGCAGAAGUUGGGAGCUACCCUGCACAGCGCUGUUUCAGUCCCGAUAAGCUCAGAUGCGUCCCCUUUCAUCCUCCCGUCCUACACUGAAGCAGUCCUCACAAGCUUACAGGAAGCCGUGCUCACAGCUCUAGAUGUUCUCCAAAAGGCCAUCUGUGUAGGUCCAGAAAACAUGCAGAUAAUGUAUCCAGCUAUAUUUGACCAGUUACUGGCAUUUGUAGAAUUUUCCUGUAAACCUCCACAAUAUGGACAGUUGGAAACAAAGCACAUUGCAAAUGCAAAAUAUAAUCAGAUCCAACUAUUUGCACCGGCGGAAUGGGUAGCCCUGAAUUACGUACCAUUUGCUGAAAGAUCUUUAGAAGUAGUUGUGGAUUUAUACCAAAAAACAGCCUGUCACAAAGCAGUGGUGAAUGAGAAGGUACUCCAGAAUAUUAUUAAGACCCUUAGGGUUCCUCUCAGUUUGAAGUAUUCUUGCCCUUCUGAAAGCACAUGGAAACUAGCAGUAUCUUCUCUCCUCAAAGUCCUGUCCAUCGGCCUACCCGUUGCCCGGCAGCAUGCUUCCUCUGGAAAAUUUGACAGUAUGUGGCCAGAACUAGCGAACACUUUUGAAGACUUUCUCUUUACUAAAAGCAUACCUCCAGAUAAUCUCUCUAUUCAAGAAUUUCAAAGAAAUGAAAGUAUCGAUGUUGAGGUCGUUCAGCUUAUCAGCACUGAGAUACUCCCUUAUGCCAAUUUUAUUCCUAAGGAAUUUGUUGGUCAGAUAAUGACUAUGCUCAAUAAGGGCUCAAUACAUUCUCAGUCAUCUUCAUUUACAGAAGCAGAGAUUGAUAUUCGUUUGCGAGAGGAAUUUUCUAAAAUGUGUUUUGAAACAUUGCUCCAGUUUUCCUUCAGUAAUAAAGUCACGACACCUCAGGAAGGCUACAUCUCACGGAUGGCACUCUCAGUGCUUUUGAAGAGGUCUCAAGACGUACUACAUCGCUACAUAGAGGAUGAGAGAUUAAGCGGCAAAUGCCCUCUGCCAAGGCAACAAGUAACAGAAAUAAUAUUUGUUUUAAAAGCAGUCAGUACUCUCAUUGAUUCACUUAAGAAAACUCAGCCUGAAAAUGUGGAUGGAAAUACGUGGGCACAAGUAAUUGCCUUAUAUCCGACCUUAGUAGAAUGCAUCACCUGCUCAUCCUCAGAAGUCUGCUCUGCACUUAAAGAGGCACUAGUUCCCUUUAAGGAUUUCAUGCAACCACCAGCAUCCAAAGUUCAAAACGGAGAAUCUUGACCAGAAUCUUGACCAGCGACAAUGAGCUGAAAGGAGAAAGCGAUCUGAAGAAUGUUUGCUCCUCAGUGAGUCUUCGGUGAGAAGGACAUCUCUCAUUACAAAUCAUUGUUGGCAGCUGUUGUUGGCCUCCUUUAAAUUAUAUUCUCCUGAGUUCAGUAAUUCAUAUUACAAGCUUACGUGUCAAAAAAGCCUCCUGAAUGAGUAGCAGUGUAAGCCUUUAAUGAGUAAAGUGAUGGGCGAGAUCAUUAAUACUGCACCAUCCCUGCUACUGUAUCUUCAAUCGGUGAUUUAAAAGUGAGCUUAUGUACAGUUUGUGGUGUGAUGUGUUAAUGAUGUACUUUUUAAAAAGAAAGCAAUUUCAUUCAGUAAGAUUUAUUAGGCUGGUGUUUUUGCACCCUUUUUCAAGUACAAAACUGUACUAAAAUUUUAUGCAAGAUGGUACUGUAACAUUCCAAUUAUCUAUAACCAGCCUUUGUAAACAAAGGGAACUGAUAUCCUUGUGUGUAUAAUAAAUGGUACAGUUCUGUAUAAAA